AUGGGAGGAGGAUUGAAGAGAAAGUCAUCAUCAUCGAGUGGCAAAACCCUAGCUAAGUCAAAGAAGAAGAAAGGUCCUCACUUGCCCAACUCAAUACUCAAAGUCAUUGCGAGCCAGAAACAGCGCCCUCCUCUGAACUCUGACGAUGAAAUCGGUUCCGAUGAUGAACACGGCGGCGAUUUGUACGAGUACGAAGAAGAAGGUGUCCCUGAAGAAGAAUCCAGAAAGAACAACCGUUACGACCGCCAUGAUAACUACGACUACGAGCUUCCCGAGGAUUUCGAGGAUGAAAACGUGGAGUCAGAAGAUGAUGUUGAUGGUGGGAACAGCGAGAAUGAUGAAGAUGAUGAUAGACACAUACGAAUGUUGCAGUCUCUCACUGGAAUGCCAAGUGCAGCUUUCGAAGGUGAGAGUAAGAAGAGCAAACCUGUGCUCUUCACUGAAGCAUACCCAGAGGGUGAAUUCAAUCCCACCCGCGAUGUUUUGGAGGGUAAGAACGUCCUCACUGAGGAAGACUUUCUGGCGCCUCUUGAAGGAAAACCUGGAUAUCAAAAAACAAGAAAGCAGAUUGCUCUGAUGCGGAAGGAUACUAAGCAUCAUGUUGUCCAUGCUCCUCUGCCAAAGCCUCAGCGAGAUAGACUGGAGCGUAAAGCUGUGACAGGGCUAGUUGAUGGGGAGUUUAGUAAGUGGGUGCAUCUCGUAAAGAAGAAUAGGGAGGCACCGACUCUUUACUUUAACCAAGAUGUCGAUCUUGGUUACUCUACGGUUGGUGCAAUAGCAUCAGAGUUUCAACCCAGGACUCAGUUUGAGAAGAGGAUGGCUUCUGUUCUCAAUGAUAGUGACGUCUCUGAGGCUCACAGAGACGAUGGCGCUAGGCUUCUGAAAUUGAACGAGGUUUCUAUGGAAGACCACAUAAAGGACCGCCGUAACCACAUUGCCAAGAUGCGGGCCCUGCUCUUCCGUCAUGAGCGAAAAUGCAAACAAAUCAAGAAGAUCAAGUCUAAGACUUAUCAUCGUCUCAAAAACAAAGACCUGAAGAACUCGUCACUGGGAGCAUUAAUGGACCCAGAAAUGGCUAAAGAAGAGGCUAUGAGGCAGGAGGUUAGACGAGUAGAGGAACGUUUGACGCUUAGGCACAAAAACACAAGAAAGUCGGUGAAGCGCGUGCUAAGACUUGGACUGAAUCUGAAAUAUGAUGGACCUAAGGCAGCUAUAGCUGAACAACUUCAAAUUCAUGCUAAUUUGUCCAGAAAGAUGAACUCCAUGAGAGAUGGAAGUAGCAGUGAUGAGGAAGAGUUGAGCGAUGGUUCAGAUGAGGAGGACACUCCUUCUAGAUUGAUAGCAAAAGCGAAAGAGAAGACAUUGAAAGCUCUGGAAGAUGAUGAAGUGCCCAAUGCUACUGGUCUUAUGUCAUUACCUUUCAUGGCCCGUGCUAUGAAAAGGAAAAACGAGGAAGCUAAUCAAGAAGCUAAACGUGCAGUGGAGGAGUAUGAAGAGUGGGAAAAUUCUGGUGGGGAAAACUCUAAAAAAACCGUUAAUGUUAGUGGUAGAAGAGAGUUUGGUGCAACCGCUAAAGUGGAAGCUCCAAAAGAGUCUAAAAAGGAUUCAGAUAACUUUUAUGACAACAGUGAUAGUGACAAUGGCAUAGAAGAAGAGGCUGUAAGAGAUAAUGCCUCACCUGCUAGAACGAUUACUGAAACUGAGAAGUCUGAUGAUGUUGAUGGAAAUCCAGCAUCUAAGACAACAUUCGAUGUUGCCAUGUUUGCAUCAGGCUCUUGGAAGAAGAUGACAGGCUGCAAAAACACAGAAUCCAAAAAAGCAUCAAAGAAGACGCAUGUACCCAUCUCACAGGCUCAAGAUAAAAAGGGAUCGAGAGAUGAUGAAAGUGAGAGUGAAGCAGAGGAAAUGGUGGACGGAGUUUUGACAUGUGCUGCGUCAAAGGAAACCUUUGAGAUUCCUUGUCAAGCAGAGCUUAUAAACCGCGCUUUUGCUGGUGAUGAUGUGUUGGAUGAAUUUGAGAAGGAUAAGGAAGAUGUUCUGAAUCAGGAAGUUCCUAAACCCGAAAAACCGGUUCUAGUUCCUGGCUGGGGAGAUUGGUCCUCUGUCCAAAGAAAGAGAGGUAUAUCUAAACGGAUGGUUAUGGAACACGAAGCUGAAGAGAAAGAGAGAAGGGAAAAACUCAAAACAAGGAAAGACGCUCGUCUUAAACAUGUUAUCAUAUCAGAGAAAGUCGAUAAAAAGGCUGAGAAACUUCAUACAACGACACUACCUUUCCCUCAUACAUCAAAGGAAGUUUUCGAGCAUAGUAUGCGUAUGCCUAUAGGUCCCGAGUUUAAUCCCUCGACCAUUGUUGCGGAACUAAACCGACCGGAGAUUGUGAAGAAGACUGGGGUCAUAAUUAAACCGGUCAGGUUCGAGGAAGUAAAUCCAAACGAUGAAGUAGAUGAUGAACACCCUCGAAACCAUCAGAAACAAAGACCUAAAAAGAAAACUAGUAGACGCCAAAGCAAAGUCAACUCCAAGUAA